AUGAACGGCACUCAUCCACCAAACGGUAGUCGUCAUGGCCAUGGCUCAGACACGUCCACCGAGCGUGACUACCGCUCGUCCCACCAGUCGCAGUCCAACAACUCGCAGACCGAUCAGGACGAGCUUCCCAUCCAAGAUGAACUCGUACCCGACGUCACGCCCUCCAUCCCAUUCUGGUCGUCUAAACGCCAUCUGACAUGCGGAAACCCCACCCCACCCCCGUCCUGGUCCCCCAAGCUGACCCCCUGGCGCAACACCUCCGGUAAGCUCAAGACCGCAAAUGCCGCGCUCGUCCUCUGCCUGAACAUCGACGUCGACCCGCCCGAUGUCGUCAAAACAAAUCCGUGCGCCAUCCUUGAAUGCUGGGUCGACCCCCAUACGAUGCCCUCUCACAAGGCCCUCGAGGCCAUAGGCACCAACCUUCAGCAUCAGUUCGAGGGCCUCAGCCCCAAAAUCUCCUACAAACCCAUCCUUGACCCAUCCUAUGAGGAUCUCCGCCGCUUCUGUGUUCAACUCCGCAAGCAGGCAAAGGAGGACACCGCCAUGUUCUACUACAACGGCCACGGCGUCCCUCGACCGACCGCCAGUGGCGAGCUCUGGUGUUUCAACCGCAACUACACGCAAUAUAUCCCCGUCAGCCUUCAAGAGAUUCAGAGCUGGCUCGGCUCCCCAUGCAUCUAUAUUUGGGACUGUUCUGCCGCCGGCCACUUGCUUCAAAAUUUCAAGACAUUCGCUGAAAAGCGCGAUGCGGAGAACAACAUGAAGCGUGGUGGCUAUCCGGACGGUAUGGCACCCUUCAUGGACUCUAUCCAACUCGCCGCAUGCGCUGCGAACGAAAUGUUGCCGUCCAGUCCGGAGCUCCCCGCCGACCUCUUCACCUCCUGCCUUACCUCCCCUAUCGACAUCGCUCUCCGCUUUUUCGUCAAUAACCAUCAGCUUCCGAACAAUCUCACCGCGGACGAGGUCAUGCAACUCCCCGGCGACCUGAAGGAUCGUCGCACACCCCUCGGCGAGCUCAACUGGAUCUUCACCGCCAUAACUGACACCAUCGCCUGGACAACCUUCUCCCGCGACGUAUUCACCCGCCUCUAUCGAUCCGACCUCCUCAUCGCCUCCCUUUUCCGCAAUUUCCUCCUCGCAGAGCGCAUCAUGAAAAACUAUAACUGCACCCCUCACACCUACCCGCCUCUACCCCCGACGAAUACGCAUCCGCUUUGGGCAUCAUGGGACCUCGCGGUAGAUGCCUGCCUGCGCCAGCUCGAUAGCAUGAUCGGUAAAGGCAAGGCUUCUGACCUCCCCGUUAUGCCCUCCGCGUCUCGCGCACGCCGCGCACAGGCCGCCGCCCAAGCAGGUAGCGACCUUGCCCAUUCCUAUGUUCCCAGCCGCUUUUUUGCGGACCAACUCACGGCCUUCGAAGUCUGGAUAUCCCGCGGCGGCUCCGCACUCACCAAACGUGGACCGAUGUCGCUCCCAUUCCAACAAUCCGACGCGGAAAUGGUGACGACGCUGCCUGGCGCGUCCACGGACCUGCCUUCCCCACAGCACCUCCUUCCCCGCAAGCCGCCCGAGCAGCUCCCGAUUGUCCUCCAGAUCCUGCUCUCGCAGCCGCACCGCCUCCGCGCACUCAUUCUACUAUCCCAGUUUGUCGACCUCGGGCCCUGGGCCGUCAACCUUGCGCUCACCAUCGGUAUUUUCCCGUACAUAUCUAAGCUCCUCCAGGCCGCCGGUCCUGAGCUCCGCCCCGUGCUCAUCUUCAUCUGGGCCCGCAUCCUCGCCGUCGACCCCAUGUCCCAGGUAGAGCUCGUUAACAAUCAGGGUUACAAGUACUUCGCCAACAUCCUCGGCCUACGGGAGGAGCCCCGGCACCAGAUCCUCCCAAACAAGGCUGAGCAUAAGGCCAUGUGUGCCUUUAUUCUCUCCGCCAUCGCACGUGGGCAUGUUCCCGGCCAGCUUGCGUGCAUGCGCGACAAGGUCUUCGACAACUGCAUCGUUCUCCUCAACGAGGGCGACUUCCUCCUGCGGCAGUGGGUUGCGCUUUGCAUCGCCCAGCUUUGGGACUCGAAUGACGAGAUCAAGGUGUACGGCGUCGACACCGGCACGCAGGACAAGCUACUCGAGAUCUUGCAGGACGACUCUCCUGAGGUGCGCGCGGCGGCGCUGUACGCACUCGGCACGUUUCUCGGAGCCAGUGGAAGCGCGGCGGAGGAUAAACCAGGUGGAGGUGGGAGCGGGAGCAUGCCACAGCUCGAGGAGCGGACACAUUUCAGGAUGGAGACCGCCGUCGUCACGGCCGCUACGCUCACGUUACAAGACGAUGCAAGCCCGAUGGUCAAAAAGGAGCUCAUCGUGCUCAUUAGUUGCCUCGUCAAGGAGUGGCGGGGUCACUUUGUCAUCUGUGCGUGGAUUCAUUGGGAGGAGGACGAGCGCGAGCGAAGGGGGGUUGGUACGCGGCGCGACGCGUACGGCGACGAUGACGAUGAUGACGUCUCAGCCCAGGCGCUUGCAGAAUGGUUGGACAACUUCGCCGACGACGAACAGCUGCGCGAGGAGAAUCGUGUGUUGUUGUCUUCUUUCUACACUAUAUUCUGCUUCCUGCUGGAAUACUCCGUGGAUCCGUAUCCCGAGGUUGCUGCGAACGCCCAAACACUUGUCGACUACAUUAUAGCGCUCCUUCUCGAUUCGCCCUUCACCAAGAUCCCUUCAUGCUCCGUCAAAGCACCACGGACCCCACCCGCGCCGCGGUCCCCGGUCGCGAAUGGGCAUCGUUCGCGCGUACCAUCCCUCACCUCGUUGGCAUCGACGGCCACAGCCGUGACGACCGACAAGAUCCGUCCGUCCAUAACCAGAGCCGACUCAGUCGGUGGCGCAAUCACGAACAGCGUCAGUAAUACAUUGAAGCGCGCGUCGUCCGUUGCAAGCGUGCUUCGUGGUUUCGCCGGUGGAGUCGCAUUCCCUUCACUGGAUGAGUCCUCGUCUUCUCGGGGCACAACUAUUCCAGCUCGCCAUGAACGACAGGACCUUUCCCGACCUCCAUCGCCGAACUUGAACCUCGCGCGAUACACGUCACCGUACUCCCUCAGCCCCGAACCCGGCUUCAGGACGCGGACUCCAUCUCCGGCACCAUCGGAGCAGGCGCGCACGCCCCAGUUCGACCCUGCGGAUGUCAUGGAGGCGCUUAUGGAGGAGGACUUCGAGCGUUUGCGGGCAAGGCGCAGGACCGGCAGCACGCAUUCGAUGGACUCCACCAUGAGUGUCGUGGGUGGUUUAGGUACGGGCGUAGGCAUCCGCGAUGUGCUGCCGCUCAAGAGCCGCUUCUGGGACUGGUGCGCUGAAUACUUCAAGGAGCCGCAGAUGAGGCAAGCGGAAAAUGACGAGCCAGGAAGUGUUCAAUACAACUAUCUUGUCUGGCGACAGUCCAGGAUUGAUCAAGUGAUCAAAGAGACCGAGAAGCAGGCCAAACAUGCUGACAAUUGCCAAUGGGACCGACCUGUCCGGACGUUAUACACCCCUGGCAUCCCAUUGUCCAUGACGUUUCAUGCGUACGACCAGCACCUCAUCAUCGCCGACGAACGCGACAUGAUCAGUGUUUGGGACUGGUCACGUCGCAAGCAACUCAACAAGUGGUUUAAUGGCAGUAGCGCAGGCGCGGGAAUCACGUCACUGCACAUCAUCAACCAAGACGUCGGUGGCAUUGUUAUGGCUGGAUCAGCGGAUGGCGUUGUGCGCCUUUACCGGAACUACGAUCCCACGGUCGAGCAAGGAGAAGUACAGAUGGUCAGCUCGUUCCGUGUCAUGCCGGACGGUUUACAUAUGAGUCGAGGCGCCGGACUAGUCAUGGAUUGGACCCAGACCAGUGGAACUUUACUGACCGGAGGAGACUCGCGCCACAUCAGGUUGUGGGAUGCGCACACCGAGAACGGCGUCCUAAACUACGAUACGAACACUGAGAGCCCUGUGACUGCCAUGGUUUCGGACGAUGUUACCUCUCAGACAUUCGUCGCUAGCUUUGGUGAUGGCACGAUCAAGGUGUUUGAUCGGCGUCUGGACGAAGAGGAUGCUAUCGUUCGGUCAUAUCGCGCGCACUCUUCCUGGGUACAGAGCGUUCGUUACCACCCGCUAUACGGACAACGGUUCUUCUCCGCGGGCUUGGAUGGAGAAGUCAAGCUUUGGGACCUACGUGGGGAUGACGCUGGAUACUUCAAGGCAUGGGAUCUGUAUCCGAACGGCCUGGCCGCCUUCGACGUACACCCGCACACUGGCGUAUUCGCAGCCACGUCCGCCAUCAACUUGACCCAAUACCGUCACCAACGUGUAUCAGUAUAUAACGUGAAGUCCACGACACCACUGUCUUCAUUGAACGUUCCGACUACGCUUACUGCGGCUCCUUCCAAGCCCUAUCCGUCUGCGUACAUGCCUCGCUGGAAUUCGUUAGUUUUCCAUCCUCAGGAGAUGCUGUAUGCUGUUGGCGGGCCCGAUGGUUCCGUGCGAAUUCUUGGGUGCAAAUUACCUCCUGCAGCUCCCAUCGGAAGCUGAGGCGUGCUGAACGGUAGAAUUGUAAUUAAUUGUAAUUAUUGAUCGGCCCCUGCACAUCCGUUUUGUCGCCAUGCUUUCUUUGACGGAGCACCGUCGCGAUUACACUUGCAUGCAUGUUUGAACUAGUAUACGUAGCUGCCUGGUAGGCAACAUAAUGUGCAUAAUACAAACCUCCCCCAUGAGCAGCUGUCAGGGAGAUACAUGAGGCGUGCAACUUCAUGGACAGACCAACCAGUCCAAAACGUAGUGCGGGCGUUGAGCGCAGCAGUACAGAAGAAGACGAUACGUCUCGAUGACGAAAUAAACGGGAGAAUUAUUUCCUGGCAAAUGUGAUCUUGAUCUUAUUCUCGCCAUCCAACUUGUAGUUGUGCAAUGCCUCCUUAGCAACAGUAGCGCUUCCCUCAUCCAUGUACUCGACGAAAGCAAUAUCCUUCUUCGUCGGGAUGAGACGGACUUCGUAGAGGUUGGGGUACUGUGAGAACAACGCCAUGAGUUGGUCCUUCGUGACAGUUUCUGGUAGAUUUUGCAAGAAGAGAAUCUUGUUAGGAGGCAGGUAUUCGUCCGGCAUUUGCACGUUGGGUCGCUUAGGUGCUGGCACAGCUGCCCCACCAUCCACUUCGGCUGCCAAUCUCUUAGCGCGGAACUUCGCUUUUAUGGGAUUCGUAUAGCGGGUUUCCUUUUUGUGCUGGAGUCUCCGGGAUUUAUGGUCGUCGUAGUGAUCUGGGUCUAGCCGUUUUACAACGGCGUCCGACCGUGUCUUGGCGAAGGAUAUUUGCAUCGGCUUUCCGUACAACGGGAAACCUCGUACUUCCUUCAAAGCUUUCUUCGCUAUAUCCGCGUUGUCAAAAGAUACGAAUGCUUGCCCUCGCAUCCGCAAGUUCCUAUGGGCGACCACGUCGAGAACAUCCCCAUACGUCUUGAAGAGACCGCGUAAGGACUGCUUGAGCACUGGUAUCUUUAUUCGUUCGUUCAGGUUCUGGAUAUACAGUGUUUCGGUCGCUUCUUCCUCUACCGGCUUCACGGCCGCUUGCGUGGGGGUUUGAACGGAGCUCGUGUCCAUAUGUGCGCCAUUGAGCCCAACCGCACCUUCAGGAACUUCGAGAGACGCAGACGGUUGAGUAUCGG